AUGCACUUCGUGGUCGCUUCGAGUGGGAAGAUGAGCAACCUUGAGUCGGGGAGGUCUGACGACGGUUGGGACUGGAAGGCCGGCAAGAUUACCGCCGAGCUCCCCGCCAUCAUCACGAAGCUCCCGGCGAACAUGGAGACUUGCAAAGUCAAGCUCGUGAAGGUCGAGGGGACCGUCGCAACGCUUGACUGGUCGGUCUUUGACAUCAUCCUCUGGUCAAGCCCUGAGGAGCCGGACAGAUUCUUUCCGCGAGUCUUGGUCGUGGGCGAGGACGGCCUGCUCGAGGACCCCUCACUACCAAGAAAUUGGGAGCAUGCAACCUUUCAGUUGGAGCUGUCGUCAAGUGUUGUUCCCAACCUCGUCGAGACUAAGCUGGUGACCUACAGGAUCCCAGAUGCUCAGCCUCUGCGGAGAAGCAAACGCCUCAAGAGUCAAGGCAGAGCACGGGUACCCGUCGUUCCAUCCGCGACAAAUAAACCGGCACCUGCGCAGACCGAAAACCGACAAAAGCUGACCUCUGUGAUCUGGCAGCAUGGGGAAUCGUCCAGGGUGGGGACUGAACGUUACUGGACGUAUUUUUAUUCGGAUUGUUCUCAGGCGGUGAGGAAGUUCGGGGACCGUACGGAUGGAAGACGUGGGGGAAAAUACGAAAGGGUCGAUAUCCCAUAUGAGAACGUGAAAGCAUGA